AUUUGAAUGAGAGUUCCAUAACAUUAAGUUAUUUUUCUAUAAAUUUCGCGAUCAGCUGUGUUUACUGUUCUGUUCGCUGAUUAGUUAAUGCGAAUAUGAAGGUAUUGGAAAAUUUAACUGCAAAUAAGCCGGCAGAAAGGAAAAAGGAUGGUUCAUUUGAAGAGUCUUUCCAUAAAAGAAAUAAAGAAGAAAACCUUGCUUUCCAAAGCAUCAUUGGCGAUUUAACCUCACUGAGUCCUUUGAAUGAAAAAACAGUGCUCCAGGUGAUAGAAGCUCGUUUUCAAACAGGCAAAUUUUACUCUUGGGCAGGUGUUCCACUCAUUGCAGUCAAUCCAUUCCAAAAUGUUGCAGAUCUCUAUGACAGUGCAACGGUUGAGAAAUACAAGAGAAUUGGGCCAAGUGAAAUAAAGGAAUGCCCGCCUCAUAUAUUCGCCAUUGGUCAGAAAGUGUAUUGCGAUCUCAGGAGAGAUAUGGAAACCAAGAACCAGUCCGUUAUCGUCAGUGGCGAGAGUGGCGCGGGAAAGACAUGGACAACACGAAAACUUAUGCAUUUCAUAACUGAUUUGACGAAUUCGAGGAAAGACGAGAUUGCUAAAGUGAACAGAAUUGAGCAAAGGAUUCUAGAUUCGAAUCCCAUUCUGGAAGCAUUUGGAAAUGCAAAGACCGUACGCAACGAAAACAGUAGUCGAUUUGGAAAAUACAUCCAACUUCAGUUUGAUAGGAACCAGAAGAUCGUCGGAGCAACUAUCAACACUUAUCUUCUGGAAAAGACGAGAGUUGUACAUCAGGCUAAAGGGGAACGAAAGUUUCACAUUUUUGACCAGAUGACUUCGGCAGAAUGCCACCUCCAAGAUUCUUCUUUGAGAAAUGACGAAUCAGCUUCUGCUGCUCUCGAAGCAACAAAGCAAGCGUUGGAGAAUGUUGGAAUUGACCAUCAACUUCAAUGCGAAAUUUUUAAGAUCCUGAGUGGAAUUCUCAAACUUUGUGAUGUUCACUUUGUGGAUGGGAAUACGACGACAACGAGCGAAAUUUGUUACGUUCAAGAUGAUCAAGUUUCAGAAGUUUAUGAUUUACUGGGAACCGAAGCGCAGUCUCUAGAGCAAUGCUUGUGCUCACGACGAAUCACAACGGGUUCCACUGGCGAACAGUUCAUGAAGCCUUGUUCAACAUCAGAAUGCGUGGAGAGAAGAGAUUGUAUAGCCAAACUUGUCUACUCCAGAUUGUUCGACUGGAUAGUAAACUUCAUAAACAUUUCUAUCAGAGCACCGCCCGAUUCAAAACAUUCUUUCAUCGGUCUUUUAGACAUCUACGGAUUUGAAAACUUCCACUUGAACAGCUUGGAGCAGUUAUGUAUCAACUAUGCUAACGAAAAGCUUCAACAACAUUUCGUGUACCACUUUAUGAAAAGACAACAGGAAGAAUAUCAGAAGGAAGGUAUUGACUGGACCUUUCAAGAGUUCGUGGACAAUCGUCCGUGUUUAGAUCUCAUUGAAGGGAGGACAAGUGUCUUUUCGUUAAUGAACGAGGAGUGCCGUUUGAAAAGAGAGCUGGACACUAACUCGUUCAGUACCCGCCUGAAGACAGCACUGGCUCAAAACACUCACUUUACCUGUCCGCGGUUUAAAAGUGAAAAUCACGAGUUCAGUAUUCAUCACUUUGCCGAGAGUGUCUCUUACCAAGUAGAAGAACUCGUCAAGAAAAACAAGGAUUUUGUUCCACCCGAAGUAAUCGAACUGUUACAAAGCAGCACCAAUUCAUUGAUCCAAGAGCUGUUUCAAGCGAGAGAUCUUAUUCCGGACAGAGCUGGUGAACAAGAGAAUGGACAGUUUCCAUUCAAGGAAAGCAGUAAACAUCGACAGUCCACAAUCACUGUUGUUCAUAAAUUCAAGGAUUCACUCAACAGACUGAUGUCAACACUGCGUUCUACAAAUGUUCACUACAUUCGUUGUAUCAAGCCAAACUCCAAUUGUCAGCCCGGAGUAUUCGAUAGAAACCAGGUAAUGGCUCAGUUGAAUGCAUGUGGUUUGGUCGAGACAAUUCGAAUCAGCGCUGCUGGUUAUCCAAUCAGACUAUCCCAUCAUGAAUUUCUGAAACGCUACAAUAUCGCCUUGAAGCAUAUGGACCCUGUUAUGAACAGUCACGUUACUUUUCCUCAAGCCAAGUCGCCGAGGACAGUAGAAUCGGCGUCUCCUCGCGUUCCCGCCUUGGAAAGACUCAAGCGUCGAUCGCGUCGGAGACACCGAAGUAGCUACGACCACACGAGACACAUCUGUCGGUCGAUCUUGGAGAUUGUCAAGGUUGAUAGUGAUGAAGUUAAAGAAAAUGUCCUUGAGAGUGGCAGUCAUGGUGUAAAAAUUGGAAGGACGAGGGUUUUUCUAAGGGAAGAAACGAUGGAGAGGUUGGAGCAAGUACGAAACAGAUGUCUCACCAAAUCAGUGUUGAUAAUCCAGAAGUGUUGGAGGCGUCACAAAAGGAGGCUCGAACGGAGAAGGGUGACUGCGGCUGUUUUAAUCCAAUCAGCUUGGAAAGGAUGGAGAGCCAAGAUAAAUUUCCGGAGAAUUCAGGAAUCAACCAAAGUCAUACAACGCUAUGCGAGACGCUAUUUCGAGGCGAAACGACUCAAAAAAGAGUGCCGAAGUGUUCUAAACUCAACCGGUGACAUGUCCACAAAAGAGGCCUUGGCUCUGAAGGAAAGCAUUUGUGUUUCACCACUGUCCCCAUCUUUUUCACUCCUUGAAACUACUAGCCGUCAUUUUGGUUUGACUUCAAGUUUAGCCUCACGUGCAAUGCCGUCUUGGUUCGACGAGUUUACACCACAAAACCGUGGGUUGUCGCCUUGUAAAAGUCAAAUGAUGAUGAGUUCGAGCAGAAGUCAUGUAAGCCCUCUUGGUCUGUUAAUGGGCUUCGGACGGGGGAACCUUCACACAAGAAUACAGACUAGAAAGCACUGUGUCACGCAGUCCGUCAAUAAAUCGUCCACUAUUAUAUCGCGGCGAGACAUUGAAAAGGUACCAGUAGCAUUUCAUUGCAAAGGAACCCCUCUGGCUUACGCCAACACGAGACCACAUCCGGGAAACACAACCAACACGGGAUUAGCAAGCAUCAGCGAAAUGGAUUGUUAACAAAAGUGAACGACCUCACCCUGCACUUUGCACCGGCUCUUUCGGCACGGGAGUGAUGGACAAGUAACUUCGCAGACAUUUUCUCGCGCUUAUUACAUCGCAACCAGGUCAUUCUAUUUAUCCGCAAGGCAAUGCGAGUUGGUUAAUGCACUGGGAACGAGAAAUCCUCGACUAAAUGAAAAUAUGACUGUGUUGAUUUCGAUUUAAGUUACUUCUUAAAGCGUUAUGUUGAUCCAAAGAUGUAGACAAGAAAUUAUGUCUACAAGAGAAUUUUCGCUCACUAUUCGCGAAGCCUAACUCAACGGAGCAAAAAAAUAUCGCCGCGUGAAAAAGGAGAGGUAUUGUUUGAAUGGUAAAUCAUACAGUAGAAAAAAAAUUCUAAAAAAAAAAUUGUGUUUAAUUACACUGUUACGUUAGAGUAAUACGUGGUAAUCUACAAGUUUGGUGUAAAAUAUUUUUUAAUUAGGGAUUAAAUUCAUAUUC